AUGGAGGUUGAAAGUAAGGUGUAGAGCUAAGGGAAGGAUCAAAGAUAUCAAAAUGAAGUUUCUUAUGGAAAAAGAAAGUAUGUUGGUUAGUUUUUGAAUGGAAAGCGUGACGGAAAAGGCAAAGAAGAAGAUAAAACUAACCAUACCUUAUAUGAAGGUAACUUUUAAGAUGAUAUGUAUCAUGGUAUAGGUACACUCUAUCAACUAUAAACAAAGUGCUAUUUUAAGGGAAUAUUUGAAAAAAAUUAGAAGAAAGCAGGCAUUGAAAUCUUUCCAAACGGUGAUGUUUAUGAAGGUGAGUACAAAGAUGAUUAAUUCCAUGGUAAAGGAUAUCUCAGAAAUAGAGAUUUAUUCUAUUUUAUAGAUGAUGGUAAAUCUUCUUAGUAGGUUAACGAUUAAAAAAAAGUUUAAUCAACAUACUCUUAUGAAGGCACCUUUUAGAAUGGUAAAAAAGAUGGUUUCGGCACUGAAAGGUAUAUUAAAGGCGCUGUUUAUGUAGGUGAAUUUAGAAAUAAUUAAAAACAUGGUAAAGGCAAGCUUUAGUAUCCAGAUGGUAGCUAUUAUGAAGGAGACUUUGUGAAUGGUGUUCCCUGUGGGUUUGGUGUUCAUUGUGCCUACUCAGUAGAAUAGAUAUAAAGCAUAAAACCAAUUAAAAAAGGAGCCACAAAUAAUAGCAAAGCAAAUGAAAGGUUAUAAAGAAAUAUUUAAUUGAAGGAAUCCUUAGCAAUUAAUAGUUUGCAAGAUAUUGAUAGCAGCUAACAAUUAAUCCAAAAGGAAGAUGAAAAAGAAAACUAUUAAAUGAGCUAUUUUGAUGAAAAACCUGAAUUUUACUAUGAAGGUGAGUUUAUGGAAGGUUUUAAGCAUGGAAAGGGAAGGUUUUAUUUUCCAGACGGUUCGUAUUAUUAUUGCCAGUGGGCUUUCAAUAAAAAAGUAAAAGAUAUAAUCUAUUACGAUGCUCCAGCUAAUAAGCACUGCAUAUUUACUUAUGUAAAUAUAGAAAAAGUUAUUAAUCAUUUCCAUAAACCUAUUUAAUAAGAUCCUAAUAUUGUUGGUAGUGAAAUGAUAUUAGGAUAUCCUCCAAACGAUCAAGAUGGCUAUAAGUAAAUCAUUGAUAGCUGUGGGAUAAAUGGUGAUUAAUUUGAAGACGAUGAAUUUAAAUCAAAUGAGUAAAAUAUGAGUUUCCCUGAUUCUGGAAGUAGCAAAAGGGCUAAUUUAGAUAUAGAAUUUUUAAAACUUAAAGAUAAUCAUCAUUUUUAUGAUGAAGGAAAAGAUCUUUUUGAAUUCCCUAUUUAGUCAAAUACUAUAGUUUACAAUUAAUUGUCAGAUUAUCAAUUGGUUACAUGUAUUGAAGCUCUAUCUUACUUUCCUCACAUCUUUUUCAAAAUAUUUUCAGUCAGAUACGAUUUAGCUGACAUAGGAUUUGUUUUUAUUAAGCUCUAUAUUAAUGGCGAAUGGAGAGAUAUUAUACUUGAUGAUAUUUUUCCUUUUUAUGAUUCUUAAUAAGAUGUAAUUUUUUCAACUACAGUUCUGAAAGAAUUGGGAUAUUUAUUUCUUCAGAAAGCUUUCUGUAAAAUCUAGAAUUCUUUCUUUGGACACAAGUAAGACACAGAAACGAUAAAAGCCGAGGAUUAUUUCUAAAUGCUUUCUGGUCUUCCGUGCAAGAGCAUAACUUGGGAAAAUGAUUUAGAUGAAGACUAGAAAUUAAAUGUAAAAAAAUUAGUAGAAUGUAGCUCUAAAAGCUGCAAAGUAGCUUACUUAUAAGAGAAAUUCAGCCGCAGUAGAGAUAUAGAUAUUCCAAAAAAUUAUCCUUACAUCAUUUUAGAAGUUGUAGAUUUGGGAGUCUAAUAGCAAUAAUUCUAACCAAACCACACUUUAACCAAUUUAAAUAGUUUGAAUGCACCCACAAAUGAAAACUUAUUUAUAAUAUUAAAAUCAAUUGAUUCUAAUUUUAGCUUUAUUAAAAGAAGAUGUGAAGAGAAGAUUUCUUUCUCUAAACACAAUUAAAUACUUAAAGAUAUCAUUUAAAGGCAUACAAUUAUUCCUGAUGAUUUCAUGAAUUAAUAUACAAGUUUAAAGGAAAGUAACAAUCCAAUUAAUAAAAAUAAAAUAUACGAAUUCGAAGAAUACUUUAAAAAAAUUAAAUAAUCUGUAUUUGCUCUAGAUUUUGAAACUUUUAUCGAAUGCUUUGGAAGCGUUUAUUAAUUGAUUGGAGUUAACCAAAACUUUUAGAGCUCAAGCUUUGUAUAAGAAAAUAUUGGAACUUAACUGGUGGAAUCGAGAUAUUUCUUUUCAUUUAAUUUGAACUUACCAGCUAGAAUUUUAAUAAAUGUCGAGCAAUAUUUAUAGGGAAUUAGCUAACAUUUACCUGUCAGAAUACUAUUAGCUUAAGACAAAAUGGGAGUAUAUGCAUAGAGAACUAAAUAAUCUCAUACAGACGAUGGAAAUGACUAUGUAGCUAGAAACAAAAAAGAUUUUUUAAAAAGACAAUUUGUGAAGAAAGUUAAAGCAAAAAAAGAAACAGAUUUAAUUAAUAGAGAAAAAGCUAGUAAAUUAGGAAGAGAUAAAUCUUUUUCAAAAGACUAAGAUUUGGUACUCAGCUAAUAAAGGAGUUCAAAGAAAGAUGAGGAUUAGCAUAAUUCCCAACAUGAAUCAAGAAUUUACUAAAAAAAGAAGUUCCACAGCCUAAAAUAUAUAAUUGGAAAAGGGCAGUAUAAAAAGAAAAAUGUCUUUAAAACAGUUGUUUUAGAUGAAGGAACUUAUAUACUAAUGGUUCAAGUUGAAGGACCUGACCUUAAGAGUUUACAGGAUCUAAAAGAAAAUGUUAAGGAAUUUAAUUUAAAAUUAGUUGUUAAUAUAUUUGGAGAUAAUCUUCUGAAUAUUUUACAAAUCGAGCAUCCAGAAAAUUUUAUGCGCCAGGUUUACGAAUCGUGUAUCCAUAAUGCAGAAAAGAAAUACCUUGAGAAUUAGUAAAAGUAGUUAAAAGACUAAGUUCAAGAUAUUAGAUUCUAAAGAUCAGAUUUGGGUGACAGAGAAAAUGGUAGUGACUAAAUUAUUAUUUGCUAAUUCUACCUUUAAUAAGAAGGAACUUACUUAUAACUACUUGAUAAUAGAACAGAUAACAAAAGUUGGAGACAAAAAUUGUACUUUAUUACUGAAAACAUGAAGAUAGUAGAUUCAAAUGAUAAUAAGGUUGAUGUCUAUUUAGGUCCACACUAAGAUGCACUUAUUAUUAUUUAAUAAGUAAGAGGAGGUGUAUAUCGCUUAGAAGGUGGAGAGGGUAUAUGUUUAAUAGAAAAUAUUCAAAAAAAUAUAGAUUCAGACGAUAACGAUGAAUUAGAUGAUAAUUGA